CAUAAUUUCAAUCAAAAUGUAUGAAAAACAAUUUAAUAUUAAAGAAUUUUUCUUUGAAAAUAAUUUUCAAGAAAAAAGUGAAACUGAAAAGUUUUUUAUAAUGUAAAAAACAAAGAAAAAAAAAAGUUCAUAAAAAAUUUUCCUGUGUUUUGAAAUGUCGAUAUUCUUCUCUUUAAUUCUGAAGUCGUCCUCCAUAUUUAAAGGAUAUCGUCAUUGUAAUUGAUUUUCUUCCUUUAAAAAUAUUAUAAAAGCAAAAACACAAGCUAUCAAUAUGACUACCUAUUUCAAUUAUCCAUCAAAGGAAUUACAAGAAGAACUCAGCCGCAUUGCCAAGGCUAUUGUUGCACCUGGCAAAGGUAUUUUAGCUGCUGAUGAAUCUGUAUCAACAAUGGGUAAACGUUUAGCUGAUAUCGGCUGUGAAAACACCGAUGAAAAUCGCCGUGCAUACCGUGAACUUUUAUUUACAUCUGACCCAAAACUCGCUGAAAAUGUAUCCGGUGUUAUUUUGUUCCAUGAAACAUUAUAUCAAAAAACAUCAGAUGGUACACCAUUCGUUGAAAUUUUAAAGAAAAGAGGUAUCAUCCCCGGUAUUAAAGUUGAUAAAGGUGUUGUACCAUUAUUCGGUUCAGAAGAUGAAUGUACAACUCAAGGUUUAGAUGAUUUAGCAGCACGUUGUGCCCAAUAUAAAAAAGAUGGUUGCGAUUUCGCUAAAUGGCGUUGUGUAUUAAAAAUUGGUAAAAAUACACCAAGCUACCAAGCAAUUUUGGAAAAUGCUAAUGUAUUAGCUCGUUAUGCAUCAAUCUGUCAAUCACAACGUAUUGUACCGAUUGUUGAACCAGAAAUUUUACCUGAUGGUGAUCAUGAUCUUGAACGUGGUCUUAAAGUAACUGAAGUUGUUUUGGCUGCUGUAUAUAAAGCAUUGAGUGAUCAUCACGUAUAUUUAGAAGGUACAUUAUUGAAACCAAAUAUGGUAACACCUGGUCAAUCAUGUGCAAAGAAAGCUUCACCACAAGAUGUAGCCCUUGCCACCGUUUUGGCUUUAAGAAGAACUGUACCAGCUGCUGUUCCCGGAAUCACUUUCCUCUCCGGUGGUCAAUCAGAAGAAGAAGCUUCAAUUCACUUAAAUGCUAUUAAUCAAGUACCAUUAUUGAAACCAUGGGCACUUACCUUCUCAUAUGGUCGUGCUCUUCAAGCAUCCGUAUUGAGAGCUUGGCAAGGAAAGAAAGAAAAUGUUGCUGCUGGGCAAGCUGAACUCCUUAAACGUGCUAAGGCUAAUGGUGAAGCUGCUAUUGGUAAAUAUGUAGCUGGUAGUGUUGUUGGUGCUGGUGCUGAUGCUAGCUUAUUCGUUGCAAACCAUGCCUAUUAAAAUACUUACAUAUAUACAACGUUUAUAAUUAUAAUAAAAAUGAAUGAUGAAGAAAAAAAUACCAAUUUAAAUAUAAACGUAAAACAACUGCAUCCAUCAUUAUAAUAAAUUCAACUUAAUACAUAAAUAUACACAUAUAUACAUAUAUGUAUGUGGUAGCCAUCAAAACUAAAUAACAACAAACCAUAUACUUGUCAACAUUAAAAACAAAAAACCAAUAACAGAAAAAAUAAAUAAUUUAUUAUUUAUAUAUUAUAUUACAUAAAACCUAAGCAGUGCAACAUAUAGUUCAUCUAACAUAAUAUGUUACUAUUAUAUAAUUAUAUAAAUCUUUACUUAUAUCUAUUAUAUAAUAUAAUUAUAUAAUAUAAAAAUCAUACAUAUAUUAUUAUAUUUAAUAUUAUAUUGUAUAAAAAAAUAUAUUUAUAUAAUUGUUUUAAAGAAUAUAUAUAAAGAAAAGAAAUAUUUAAUUCUAUUAUAUUAUUACAAAUUAAUGUUAUUAAAAAAAAUUAAAAAAAAAAAUAAAUAUUUUAAAAAAAAAAACAAAAGUAUAUGAAAAAAAAUUUUUAAUGUUUAAGUAUAAAUAAAUAAAAAUAAAAAAAAAAAUAAAAGAAAAAAAUUUAUUAUUAUUUUUGUUUUUAAUUUUAAGCACAAAAAGGGUUAUUAUACAAAUAAUCAAAAUAUACGACAACACAAGGAAAAUCAAAAAAAAAAAAAAAAACUUCAGAAAAAUUUAAAAAAAAAAAAUGACAAGAAAUUUAAGUAUUUGUGUAACAAGAAAAAAAAAAAACCAAAUUUUACGAAGUAAGCAACACACUAUGUAAUCUUAAUUUGAUUAAAAAUUUAAAUAAGUAAAAACCAAAAAAAAAAAAUAAACAAACUGAAGGUUGGGAGAAUAAACAACAACAGAAUGCCCAAGUUGACCAUUAAAAAGCAAGCGUUUGUUAAACCAUUUAUUUUCAAAAGCAAAAAAGGAAAAAUUUUUAAAACAAACAAUAACAUCUUUUAAAAAUUUUUUUUAUUUAUGAAAUUUCAAUACAUACAUAAAUUAAAAAUCCAAUUAAUGAAAAUAUCCUUUCAAUAUAUAUAAAAAAUAAUUUUACAAAAUUAAAAAAUAACAUCAUAAUAAUUAUUAUGUAAAAUUAUUAUUUAUAUAUACAUUAAAAAUAUAUAAUAUUUAAAUUAUUCAUUCAAUAGAACCCUAUGUUAUUCUAUUAUAUUGUUAAUAUUAUUUCUUAAUUUACAUUUUUUUUAAUUUGAAUUUCGAUUUCGACCCAUCAACAAAAAAAACAAAAGUAUAAAACCAUUUCAUUUAUUAAUUAUAAAUAUGUACAUACAUACAUAAUAUAUUAAUUAGAUACCUUGUUAUUAUAAAACUAUUGAAUGAAUUAUUUUCACGUAUUGUAAUUCAUUAAUUAAAAUAAAAAAUACAUAUAUACAUAUGUAUAUAUACAUAAAUUAUAUACAAAUAAUAAAUAUUGAAAAUUAAGUGAAAUAUACUAAAAUCAAAUAAAAAUCAUUAACAUUUAUUAAACAUCUUUAUAUAAUAUUAAAAUACAUAAAAAAUGUAUAAGAAAGGCAAAGCAAAUUUAUUGAAAAACCAAAUUUAUAAAUAUUAUUAAAUGUAUUGAUUUUAUAAUUUCACUUAUAUAAAUAAUAUGUAUAUAUAUUAUAUACAUAUGUAUAUUAUGCAUUUUUUAAAAAUAAAAACUAAAACAACUAAUGAAAUUGUCGUUGUUAUAUAGUUGUUUUCUUUUUUUUUUUUAAUUUUUCAAUUAGGUAUUAAUUGUUAUAAUUAUAUGCUUUAUUUUAUUAAAAUACAUAUACAAUAUUAAAAGCUAAAAACUAUAAAUUAUAUAAUUUAUUCCACUGAUAACUAUAUACAAACUAACUAUCAAUUAAAAUGCGAAUAAAAAUUAAAAAUAAAACAUCGAACAAAUAUAUAAAAAAAAAAAAUUUUUUUAAAACUAAUAUUUUAUUAUUCAAUAAAAAUGUAUACUAACACCAAAACAAAAAAAUUUACUAUUAUUACGUUAUAUACUUAAAAACAUAUUAUAGUUAGAAUAAAAAGAGCGCCAUUAAAUCUAGCUUCUAGUUUUUAAUUAUAAAUAUUAUUUCAAUUCUUAAUACAAAUAUUUUAUAUAUUUAAUAAAUUCUUUUUUUCAUUAAAAUUAAUAUUUAAUUAAAACUUAAUUAAGUAUAACAGUGGUUUGUUUUUACAUUUUUAACUUUUCAAUUUUCAAAAAUAAAAAAAAAAAUGUGUUUUUUUUUUUGAAGAAAAUGUUUUUAAUUUAACAAUUAUUAUAUGUAAUAUAUUAAUACAAAAAUAUAACAUCCUUAGAUAUUAUAACAUCUAACUUCUUAAAUUAACAUCUAAAAAUAAUAUCAAAAUAUCAAAAUUAAAAUAAUAAAAAAAAACAGAAUUAUUAUUAAGUCUAUUUUAAAUUUAUUUCUGAAAUAUUUUAAUUAAUUUGUAACGUAUUUUUUUUUUUUGUAAAUAUUUCUUCGACAGAAAAUAAAAAUUAAAAAAAUAUUAUAAAUAACAUCUAUAAUAUUAUUUACUAUAACGUCUAACUUCAAAAUAACAUCAAUUAAAAAUUAAAUUGUUGAAGAAAUAUUUUAAUAAAAAAACAAAAAAAAAAAUUAUGCAAAAUAAAUUUAAAGAAAAAUUUUACGCUUAAAACUCUUAGAUAAUUUUUGCUGCAUACAAUAAAACAAGAUUAUUAUAAAUUCUAUACUUAAAGUUUGUUCCCAAUUCUUGUUUCCAUUAUAAUAUUCAUAAAGAGUUGUAAAUGUAAAAUUUAUUAUAUUUCUGAAAUUUAUUUAAAAUAAAUUUAAUAAUUAAAAAAAAACGAACAUUUUUUUUUUAUAAAUAACAAUUAAAAUUAAAAAUGUAUAAAAAUUAAUUAACAUCUAAAAUUUAAAAAAUAAUAAUAACAAAAAAUUUUGAAUUAACAUCACAAAAAAAAAAUAAUUGAUAAAUUUAAAAAUAAUUUUUUUUAAAAAAAUAAAUAAUUUUUUUUUAUAUGUUGCUGUUUUUGGAAAAAUUUUCAUUUUCAGGUUAAACAUUAACAAUUUAUACAAUGUGUACAAUUACAAUUUUUAUAGUUUACGGAUAACGGCAAAUCAUCAACUCAAAAUGGAUUAUAAAUACAUAUACAUAUAAAGAGAAAGAUGCAAAAAACGAACAUCAAUUGAAAUAAAGAAGAAACAAAAAGAUGAACAACUAGUAACAAUACAUACCUAAAAAUUAUAUUCAUCAAAAAAUACAAAAGACAUAAUAUAACAACCAUAACUAUUGUAAAAAUAUUGAGGUCUAAAAAUAUUCUUAAUAUUCAUAUUUAAUUAUUAUAUAUACAUAAUCAAUUAAUUGAAAACAUUUCUGUAUAGAAAAAAAAAAAAACAAAUUAAAUUUAAUUAUAAAUGUAUAUGCUAUCAUAAUUUUAGAUUUUUAGUGUUUAAAUAAAAUUAAAAUAAAUUAAAAAAACAAAAAUAAUAAAUAAAUAAAUUAGAAAAAGAAAAUUUAAUAAUAAAAAUAACAACAAAACACAAAAAUAAAUAAAAUGUUACAUAUAUAAUUAUAUUAUCAAAACUAUAUUAAAUGUUUUAUUCAAAAUAAAAAAAAUAAUUAUAAAAAUAAACAAUAUUUUUGCUAUAUAAAAAUAUAAUGUGUAUAAUAUUAUACAAAUAAGGCUUACAAAAAUAUAAGAAUAAUAAUUAUAAUAUAUCAAAAUAUAAAAGAAAUGAAAAAUAUUUUAUAAUCAAAUAUUAAAAUAUGAAAUAAAUAUAUUUUGAAAAAUAAGAAACAGUAAACAAUAAUAAAAAUUAAUUAAAUACCUUUUUCCUAAUUAUAUACAUAUAAAUUCAAAUUAUAUAGAAUACAAUGGGUAAUUAUUUCGUAAAAUACUAUAAAAUAUAACAGAAAAAAAACCAAAAUACAGAAACUAACAAUAAUUAUAAAAAAUACAUAAAUUUUGAAUGAUCUAAAAUAUUAAAAUAAGAAAAAUGCAAAAAAAAAACUAGAAAACAAGUGACUCAUCAAAAUAAUAUUGAAUGUUAUAAAUGGCAAAUUAUAUUAAACUGUUAACCAAAAAUUCAAAUGAAUGUAGAUAUAUAUAUAUAAAACAAGAAGAAAAAGAAGAAAAUAUUAUAAAUGGGUAUUUAAAUAUCAAUUUGUUAUCUUAUCGAAUAUAUUGGUCAUAAUAUUUAAUUGUGCAUAAUUAAUACAAAAAUAUAUUUAAAUAAUAUACAAUAAAUAAAUAUAAUUAUAUAACAUUAAAUUAAAUAAAAAUAGUAAAUCAAAUGAAUAGAUAACUGUAUAUAUAAUAUACAUAUAUAAAAAAAAGUGUUGAUAUAAUUAUUAUAUAUUUGAUACAUAUUAUGAAUUUAUUUUAUUAAUAUACUAUUAAUUUAUUUUAUACAAUAUUAUAUAAAAAUAUUUUAAUAAAUUAUAUUAUUAUUAUCUUAUAUACUUAUAUUAUAUAUAAUUAAUAUAUAUAUAAUAUUAUUCAAUUUCAUAUAUAUUUAUAAUAUAUAUUUGUUAAUUGUUAAAAUAUAAAUAUAUAAUAUAAUAAUAUGCAUAUGUAUAUAUUAUAUAUAUAAAAAAUUUUAUAUAUAGAUACUCUAACAUCAAAAAUGUAGUAUGAGUUAUAAUUAUUAUUGAAUUGUAUAAUUUUUGUAUUGCUGCAAUUGACUAUAUUGCAUAUAUAUACUAACAUUUAUACAAAUAUUUACACAUUAUGUAUAUUUUUAUUAAUUUAUAUAUAUUUAUAUACUGAUUUAUUUAAAUAAUAUUAUUUAUAGUUUAGAAAAUUAAAACCAUAACAUAUACAUAUAUUUAAAAAGAUGAUAUAUAAUAAAUAAAAUUUUAAUAUAAUUAUAUAAAGGAGUAUUUAAAUAAAAUUAAAUGUAAAAUUAUAUAAGUAAAAGUAAAAAUAAAUAAUUUAAUUUCUAUAAAUUAAUAAAAAUUUAAAUCAAUUGAUUAAAAAAUAAAUAAAAAAUAAUUAUUUAAUAUUAAUUCAAAUUUUAUUUUCAUUUUAUAUUAUAUAGAGCAAAAAUUAAAUUAAUUAUUAUAUAUAUAUAAUUAAAUAUAUAUAUAUAUAUAUUCAAUAAUGUAUAUUUAUAUAUGAAAGAAAAAAAAACAAAAAAUGUAGGUGUCGCAAUUAUCAAAUUAUUAUUAUUUAUAAUUAAAUUAAAUUUAAAAGAAAAAUUAAAUAAAAUUAAAUAAAUAAUUAAUUGUGCCUUGGUGGUAUCACGCUAAAUAACAUACAUAUAUUCUAUUAUAAUAUAUAAAAAUAAAAAGCACAAUUAAUUUAAACAAAAAA